AUGUUCUCAACGCAUGUCAGUGAGUUGGCUCAUCGGCAGCAAAUUAAGAUGAGUUACGCUGCUUCGAAUAAGAUAGAUGCGACGGUCCAGAUUCUUGAUUACCACUCAAUGCAUAUGGUGAUGGAGAUGAGAGUGUUGAAUUUGAAAGAUAUUGUUUUCUCCCUGCCCGAGCAUUAUGAGGGCCUGCCGAGGCAUCGAGAAAGCUUGAGAGACCUGUUGGAGAUUUUCAAAAAUGAAGACCGACAAAGAGGAGGCAGUGAGCGAUUGCUGGUCGGUGAUGCACAACAGAGACCUAAGAUGACGAUGGCGGACAAUUCGGUGAAUAGGUUAUUUGAUAUCGCAGACAUUAUCAAGAUGAACAGAACUACACUCCCCAGAGCUUUAUCGGAAUGUGGUCAUGGACUACAACAGGAAGAAGGAGUCUUAUUGAGCCUUUUUGGCUACACAGUGAGGUGGUUCAAAUACCUGCAGGUGCCAGUAUCAGUAUUCCAAAAGAGUGAUAGCUACGAGAUACAUAACAUACGAUAUACUGGAGAGGCUUUGUUCAGGAAAAGGGCAGUUCGGAAUGAUUGA